AGGCCUCCCGAUGAGUUAAAAUGGUGCUGAGGCUCGAGGGGAGCUGGUCGCUGCUCGUGGGGAAGAGGUUCCUCUGCCUGUCGGAGGAGGAGGACAGGACGUGGGACGCCAGCCUCAUCUCGGAAUGGCCCUGGAAGUCGGGCAAGAUCCGGGCUGUGUCACACACGGACAUAUCCAAACAAGACCUGAAGAUCUGUGUAGAAUUUGAUGAUGAAUCAUGGGAAAAGCGGAGAUGGAUAGAAGUCUACAGUCGGAUGAUGAUAGCAUUCCUGGUGGAGCAAAAGCUGGUGCUGGCUGAAAGAAAAACCCAGUCCAUGCCUCCUGUCCAGUGGCCUGCAAUGACCUACAAGUCCUUGGUGGACAAAGCUGGAAUGGGAUCACUAGUUUCCGUGCGCUACCUGGGUGAAGAGAAGUGUGUUUUUCUUUCUAAAGACCUCUUGACGCCCAUCCAGGAUGUGGACAGUUCCAGGCUUUCUCUUAAAGAUGAUCAAAAUGUAAAUGAAGAAAUUCAGGCUCUGGUUAAGAAACACCUUGAUGAGACACGCUUGGUCCAAGGUGGAAAAAAUAUCAUUGGUUCAAAAAUUAGGAUUUAUAGCCUGGACCCUUCCACUCAGUGGUUCACAGCUGUUGUUGUCAAUGGUAAUCCAGCUACAAGAACUCUAGAAGUCAACUGUCAGGAGAUUCCAGCUUUAAAAACUCUUGAUCCAGAAUUAAUUCAUGUUGAAAUCAUAUAUGACAACAAUGGAAAAUGUGAUAAAUCAAAAAGAAUUGGGGGUGUGAAAAGGAAGUCAACUGAGAACAGUGGAAAUGUUGAUGCUAAACACACAAAAUCUUCUCCUGAGGUUUCUCCCAGCCAGGGACACGUGCAGUCAGUACCAACUGUGCUGGGUGAAGCACUGCUGGGAUGUACUCCUGCAAAUAAAGACCAAAGGCACCAAGGCCUGCCUCUGCCAGCCAACUCACCACCCAACCUUGGUGCAGAAACUCCUCAGGGCUCAUGUAGACGAAGCUUACCAGAAACUCAUCCUUCCUGUCUUAAUACUGGAGUUAAACCACUGACAGAAGAUCUGACGGCCUUUCCUAAAGUGGGGUUUAUGUCUAAAGAGCAAACACAAAAUCCUAGUGAUCAAAAUGGUAAAUAUACCUCUUUGAAAACCUCAAGAUCUUCACCUUUGACUGAUUCAGCUAAUGAAAAGGGAACCAACCUGAAGAGUACUAAUGACCCUUUUAUGAAGGCCACAACAAACUUUCCCAAGGAAUGCAUUUCCAUAAAACAGUUGCAGCAUCCCAACCCUUCCAUAGCAGUACCCAGAGGCAGUGGCACUGUUGAACUGCAGCGAACUUUAGAUUGCAGACCCUCAACCUCAGAUGCUCAUCUUCUGUCCUUCAAUGAGUGUGGGGUUAAAUCACAAAGCAGCUGCAACAGCCACAGCAGCCACAAAGGAAACAAGACUGAUGAACUUGCAGACAUGGAGUUUUUUAUUAGAAGAAAUUCAAAUGAGAUUCUUUGUGACAAAAGUGAGAGUGAAAGCUUUUGGACUGGAACUGCCAAGAUCCAGGAUAAUAUAAUUGUUCGCAAGUCCAUUUUAUCUGAUGCUGCUAAAGUGAAGAAGCUGCAACAGAGUGGAGAGGCAUUUGUGCAGGAUGGCUCCUGCAAUAACAUCGCCCCUCACCUGCACAAGUGCAGGGAGUGCCGCUUGGACAGCUACCGCAAGAACAAGGAGCAGAGAGACUCCACUGUCUUCUGCCGAUUCUUUCACUUCAGAAGGCUGCAGUUUAAUAAGCAUGGAAUACUGCGUGAGGAAGGUUUCUUAACUCCAAAUAAGUAUGACCCUGAGGCUAUUAGUCUGUGGCUGCCCUUAUCCAAAAAUGUUGUGGGUCUAGAUCUGGACACAGCAAAAUACAUCCUCGCCAACAUUGGAGACCACUUCUGCCAGCUGGUGAUAUCUGAAAAGGAAGUCAUGUCAACAAUUGAACCACACAGACAGGUGGCCUGGAAGCGUGCGGUUCGUGGCGUUCGUGAGAUGUGUGAUGUCUGUGACACCACAAUUUUCAACCUGCACUGGGUCUGCUCCAAGUGUGGCUUUGGUGUGUGUGUGGAUUGCUACAGGAUGAGGAAGAAAAGCUCACAUGAAGAUGAUGACUCAGAUACUUUCUCUUGGUUUAAAUGUGUGAAGGGGCAGGCACAUGAACCAGAGAAUCUAAUGCCUACACAAAUAAUUCCUGGAAAAGCUCUCUACGAUGUUGGUGACAUUGUUCACUCCGUAAGAACAAAAUGGGGAAUAAAGGCAAAUUGCCCUUGUGCAAAUAAGCAGUUUAAAGCACUAUCAAAGCCAGCUCUAAAGGAGGAUUCAAAACAGCACUUGGCAUCCGGAGACAGGCCUGGCCUUCAACAGAACAGUUUUGUCCUGAGCCCACAAGUCCCUACACAUGAUCCUCCUCUAAAGUCAGCACUUGGAAGCAAACAAACUGCUUCUGUAAAUACUUCUCCUUCAUUAAAUUGGUUUUCAAACCUAACAAGUGGAAACGUGAAUAAAGAAAACAAAGAGAAGCUUCUCAUACCAAUUUCAAAGAAUGAAAAUAAACCUCUCCAGACACUCCCUAGCUUAGCCAAGCCAGCUGCAGCCCUGCAGACAUUCAACAGUGCAAUAUUAACCCCUGUGAGCAACAACAACACGGGCUUCUUGCGGAACCUCUUGAACUCUUCUGCAGGAAAGACAGACAAUGGACUGAAGAGUACACCCAAAAUCCUUGAUGACAUUUUUGCUUCCCUGGUGCAAAAUAGAGCCAUUACAGACUUGCCUAAGAAACCUCAAGGAUUGACCAUAAAGCCCACGAUAAUGGGCUUUGACACGCCCCACUACUGGUUAUGUGAUAACCGCCUGCUGUGUCUUCAGGAUCCCAACAAUGAAAGCAACUGGAAUGUCUUCAGGGAGUGCUGGAAGCAGGGACAGCCUGUAAUGGUGUCAGGGGUACACCACAAGUUAAAUGCAGACCUUUGGAGACCGGAGUCCUUUAGGAAGGAAUUUGGCCAACAGGAAGUAGAUCUGGUUAACUGCAGGACCAAUGAAAUCAUCACUGGAGCUACUGUAGGGGAUUUCUGGGAUGGUUUUGAAGAUAUUUCUAGUCGCCUGAGAACAGAAGAGGGAGAGCCAAUGGUAUUGAAGCUUAAGGACUGGCCUCCAGGAGAAGACUUCAGAGAUAUGAUGCCCUCUCGGUUUGAUGAUUUGAUGAAAAAUAUCCCAUUGCCAGAAUACACCAGGAGAGGUGGCAAACUCAACCUUGCCUCUCGACUUCCCAACUAUUUUGUGCGACCGGAUUUGGGCCCCAAGAUGUACAAUGCAUAUGGCUUAAUAACACCAGAGGACAGAAAAUACGGCACAACAAACCUCCACUUGGAUGUGUCUGACGCAGCCAACGUCAUGGUUUACGUGGGGAUCCCCAAAGGCCAGGCUGAUCAAGAAGAAGAAGUGCUUAAGACCAUCCAGGAUGGUGACUCUGAUGAACUGACAAUUAAGCGUUUUACUGAAAGCCGAGAAAAGCCUGGAGCUCUGUGGCACAUUUAUGCUGCCAAAGAUACAGAGAAAAUCCGGGAGUUCCUUAAGAAGGUUGCAGAAGAACAAGGCCAAGAAAACCCUGUAGAUCAUGAUCCCAUUCACGAUCAGAGUUGGUACCUGGACCGACCGCUGAGGAAACGCCUUCAUCAGGAGUAUGGAGUUCAAGGCUGGGCUAUUGUACAGUUUCUAGGAGAUGUAGUUUUCAUCCCAGCAGGAGCUCCACACCAGGUUCAUAAUUUGUACAGUUGUAUUAAAGUUGCAGAAGACUUUGUAUCCCCAGAGCAUGUCAAACACUGCUUCUGGCUCACUCAGGAAUUUAGAUAUCUGUCACAUACGCAUACAAACCAUGAAGAUAAAUUGCAGGUGAAGAAUGUCAUAUACCAUGCUGUUAAAGAUGCAGUUGGGAUACUGAGAGCUAACGAAUCCAGCCUUAGCAGACCGUGACAUAGAGCGCCUUAACCACACACUAUGAAACAGAAGCGUUGGCAGCUGUUUUACCUACUCAGUCAGGACCUCUGUGGACUUUGAGAUUAUAUGAAUGUUACCUCAUCUUCCUUUCAGCAGUACCAGAGGACCGUGGUACUAUGUUCUGUGUAUUCUUCCAAUGUUUACAAACCUGAUAUGUAUAUGUAGUAAUAUGUAUGGACUGUGGCAUACUGUGAAUGCUCAGUUGCAAUAGAACUUUAUAUGGAGUUGCUCUCCAAACUGUACAAAAUACCUCCUAUAGAACUGUUGGGAACUAUUCCAAAUUACUCGUUUGAAAAAUAUUAUUCAAGGCAUUGUAAAGCUUCAAUUUUUAAAAUUUAUUUUAGGGUGGGAGGAAGUAUGGAAUUGCUCAGUUUAAUAACCAAUUUACAUAAAAAGUUAAGAAUGCAGUUCUGGAAUUUCACAUUAACAUAGAACUAGCAUUUAAAAGUAGCUUUAAGCUAUUGUAUAGUAACAUAGAGAUGGGAGUUAACCAUCUUUAGGUAAAUGUAUUUAAGUUUCUAAAUGUUAAAAGAAACUUUUAAUCAAAUGUCUUCUGUUCAAAACUGCUCUUUAAUUUGAAAUGAUGUUUGAUUCUCUUGUUUUUAACACUGAAUGGUUACAUAAAAAUUCUUCUAUUUCAGAUACUGUUCCUUGCCUAUCUUCUUCAAUUGACUGUUUAAAAUGUAAUUAGUUUGAUGCAGUACUCUGAAAUGCAAAAGAAAACUGUGUAUCAUAAAUGGUUCAUACUGUUUUUUGAAGUGCUUGAAGGCUCAGGGUAUGGAAUUUAGCGGCAGAUCCAUUUAUGGUUAUUUUUGGUUAACCCAGCUGACAGAUUACUGCUGCUAGGUCUGUACCACAUGAGCUUUGCAGCUUGUCUGAAAUGGUACACACAGAACUCAGGGUUAUUUGGAGAAACACUGGAAACAUUGUAAAACUUAAAAUAGGCAGAGGUUAUGAGUGGGAAAAGUGAAUCUCUCAUUUGAUGAGAUACCCUGAGACAAAAUUAACCUUUUAGUUCCUUCCCAGCACUGAAAGUUGCAGGAUGGCUGCUCUGAACAGUCAGGCAGGAGCGGAAACCUUCAAGUUCACUUUUCUUAGCUUAUACAACAACUUGAACUCUGCAAAUUCCCCUUCCUGUAGUACUUCACCUACUGUUUGUGAUCAGCAUCAACUGUUGAGUUUGUCUUGAGUGACAGGAUUCUUCUUCAGAGAAACUUCCUCUGAUUGCUCCCUGAGGAGUGGAGACAGGCUGCAGUGAUGUGCAGGGAGCAGGACUCUCUUGUAAGAGCUAAGUGAAGUUGACUUGCAGAAGGUUUGCCUACACAACAGCCCUUCACUGUAUUCAGUGGGAGCUUUUCUCCACCUUCUCUUGCUGACACCUCUUGACAGUAAAUAACUUGUUCUAGUCACUUCAGGUGCCUUGAUUUGGCAUUUUGUGCUUGAACUUGUGAAGUAUGCUUUAAAACAACACCUGAACCUUCUCCCUUGAACUAUCAAGUUGAAGUAGAUGACAUGAAGCAAGUUAAUUGCUUUCCUUGGAGUCAGCUGGCGUAUUUGUGGGCAGCUGGAGUACAGGUACCUCCCAGGGAGCUGAGUCACACGGAUACACCCUGUGUGUGUGCACAUAACUCUGAAAAGACUCAUUGUUGAAGCUGGAUUUUGAGGUCUUGCCACUGUGCUGUUGUUCAAUCUUGUUUUAUUGCAGCUGUCAUCCACUUUUGUUUCUGAUCUGUCCUUUCUGGAUUUUUAAGACAAGAAACAAACUGUC